GUGCAUGUCCUGCAGGGCCGUUCCAUCCGCUACCUUGCCAUUCUUUAGUUGGUUACAUUGUAGGCUUUACGAACAUAUUUCUGCGUCUUUUUGUAUAAUGAAAAAUCAGGGCACUCAACUGACAUAGAACUCCAACGGAGCUGGUUCUUUCGCAAACCAGGACUGAACAACAGCAAGAAUGUCGGUUUUCGAGGAGCUCGGCGUUAUGCCGGAGCUAUGUAAAGCUGUGGAGGAUCUAGGCUGGACGCUUCCGACGCCUGUACAGGUGGAAGCGAUCCCGCUUAUCUUAGGAGGCGGUGAUGUCAUGGCGGCAGCGGAGACGGGAAGCGGCAAGACCGGGGCCUUCGCAAUUCCCGUCCUCCAAAUCGUGCAUGAGGCCCUCCGACAACGCAUGCGCCCGCCUUCAGCUGCCCCCGCCGCCUCCUCCGCCUCCUCCCCCGGCCCCGGCCGCAGCAGCAAAGCCGCCUCCGCCUCCUCCACCGCCGCCACGUGCAGCCUGAGUGCGGACGACCGCGACCCUCACGUGGCCGUGUCGGCCGACGGACGCAGGGCGCAGAGCCGCAACGAGAAGUCGUGGGGCGGCGUGCGGGGGAGCGUGGGGGUGUUUGCGGCGUGCGGGGGCAAGGUGUAUUACGAGGUAACGGUUAACGACGAGGGUUUGAGUCGUGUGGGGUGGAGCUGCCGUACCGCCUCCCUGGAUCUGGGUACGGACAAGCUGGGGUUCGGGUACGGCGGUACGGGCAAGAAGAGCCACAACCGACAGUUCGACACGUACGGAGAACCCUUCGGCGCCGGUGACGUCAUCGGCUGCUUGCUCGACUGCUCCUCCGGCGGCGGCGGCGUCUCCUUCACCCGCAACGGCACGCCGCUGGGUCCCGCCUUCUCCCUGCCGCCCGCCCUCUCCAACCAAAUCCUCUACCCCACCAUCUGCCUCAAAAACGCCGAGGUCUCCGUCAACUUUGGCGCCCCAAGCGGGGAUCCGCCCCUCGCGCACCCGCCCCCGCCCGGCUACAUCCCCCUAGCCAAGGCGCCGGAUGCAUGGGUGCUGGCGGCGCCGGAGGCGGGGGGCGGCGGCGGCGGAGCCGCCGCCGCCGCAGGCGCCGCCAGCGUCCGCCUUCCCGUGUGUCUUAUUCUGGAGCCCGCACGCGACCUCGCCGAGCAGACCGCCAACUGCAUCCGGGACUUUGGCAGGCACCUGGCUGCUCCCAGCCUGAGCUGCGGGCUGUUCGUGGGCGGGGUGGAUCCGGGUCCGCAGCUGCGGUCGCUGCGGGAGGGGGUGGACAUUGUGGUGGGCACCCCGGGGCGGGUGGUGGACUUUGUGGAGAGCGGCAAGAUCGUGCUGGACCAGGUCCGCUUCUUCGUGUUGGACGAGGCGGACAGGCUUAUAUCCGACAACCCCGAUGUCAUUCUGAAGCUCUUCGCGCGCCUGCCCAAGGGGGGCACGGGGGUCAACCGGCUGCAGGUGCUUCUGUUCUCCGCCACGCUUCACUCCCCCGAGGUGCGCUCCAUGGCCGACCGCAUCUGCGUCACCCCCACGCUGGUGGACCUGAAGGGGCGGGACGCGGUGCCGGAGACGGUAGAUCAUGUGCUGAUCCGAGUGGACCCGCGGGAGGACCGAAGCUGGCUGCAGAGCCGACCGCAGGUCUACACUGACGGCUGUCACGCGCUCGACCGGCUGGACACCUCCUCGCCCUCCCCACCCGCCGAGACCCUGUCGGAGGCAGUCAAGCGGCUCAAACCCCGGCUGCUGGUACGGCUGCUGGAGUCCCUGAAGUGCGAUCAGGCGCUCAUCUUUUGUCGCACAAACCACGACUGCGACCAGCUGGAGAAGUACCUCAACGGGCUGGGAGCAGGCGGCGGCGGCGGGGGGGAGGAGACGGGCGGGAAGGGGGGCGGGGGAAAAGGGGUUGCGGGAGGUGCGGGUGUGUUUCGUGGCAAGCGGGAGAGCGGCAAGGAGAACCCCUUCAGCUGCGUGGUGCUUGCGGGGGCACGGAGUGUUGACGAGCGGCGCGCCGCGCUGUCCGCCUUCAAGGAGGGCGACGUGCGCUUCCUCAUCUGCACCGACGUGGCGGCCCGCGGGCUGGACAUCCGCGAGCUGCCGUACGUCAUCAACAUGACGCUGCCGGACCGGAGCGAGGACUACAUACACCGGAUCGGCCGAGUGGGUCGCGCCGACACGCUGGGUCUGGCCAUCAGCCUGGUGUCGCAGGUGCCGGAGAAGGUGUGGUACUGCACCGUGAAGGGGCUGAAGCCCUGGCUGGCUCCGGACGCGGCAAACACCAAGACCACCGACAAGGGGGGACACACCAUUUGGUACGACGAGCGGUCCCUGCUGUCGUCCAUUGAGACGCGGUUGGGCCGCCCCAUCCCCGCCAUGAGCGAGGACCUGACCCUGCCUCCGGAGCUGAGGGAGCGGCUGGCGGCGGGGGGGGAGGCGUACGGGCAGCAGCGGGGGGGAGGUACCAGCAAGGAGGUUUCGGAGCACCUGGAGCAGAUCGCCGCCAAUGUGGCCCAGCUGGCUUCCCUGGAGUGGAGCGUGCAGAGCAGCUUCCUGCGACUUAAGCAGCGCUGGCAGAAGGUGUAGGAGCGGGCGGGAUGGCUGGGGAAGGGGAAGGGGGGCGCGUGCGGGGACGAAGACGGUGCAGGAGCGUUCUCGAAGACCAACUGUUGAAAUUUAAAGACUUUAUAAUAUAUUGUACAUUGCAAGGAAAGCUAAAGCUGUGCUGACUUCAGCCAGGCCUGUAGCAGCUAAUAGUGCAGCUGAUUAGGUUUGAUGGUGGUGAGCUAGCUGUUGGACUGGGAUGGGUACGAUGAUGGGGGGCGGGUGUGUGGGGGACUGUCAUGGGUGUCAUGCUGCGUAAGGCACGUGUCCAUGCCGCUGAGGCAGCUGAGCGGCAGUGGAGGCGGUAUGCCCUACGUGUGUAAGCAUCCUUGGGAGUUGGGGGAGUGUGGGACUGGCCGGAGGUUUCGCGUAAGUAGGUUGGUAGGGACUUACCAAGGAGCAAAGGAGCGAAGAUGACCGGGUUACGCAUGCUAUGAGGAGGAUGCGGGGUAAGCUACCGGUGCCGUAGAUUCAUGCGGGAAAGCGCAGUUGGAAUUGUUAAAGCUGUAGCUGGCUGUAGAUUGUUGGCGUGCUGGGGCGUUGUGCUGGGCGUUGUGGAGGGGAUCCCAGCUGGCGAGGAUGAGGCCAUGCAGCAAAGUACGGGUGGAGGAAGCGGCAGGAUGAGGGAUAAAGUACGAUGCAUAUUGUGGCUCAAUUGCAAAGUGGUGCCGUACUAGUUAUGCAGGGUAUCAGAAGUGGCGCGCUCACACGAACAGCAGACUAUGUAGCAAGAGAGUGUUAAGAGGCCUCCUGUUUUAUGCUACAACUGCUUCAGCAAUGCAUUUUGUUCUGUUGGGAGGACGCCGCGGCAGUGUUUCGCGUUAGGAAAGGAUGCAGUCAGGAACAAGAACGACCUGGCAUAUUCCGAGCAUCAUGAUUAUUUUUUGGCUUCCUGAUCGCAAGGGAUGUAGGUUGGUGCGUUCCAGCAAGUGCGUGGACGAACCCACGUUGAGAAAGCCUAGGUUCUUGUGAAACUUGGGACGCGUGUUUCACUGCUUAUGAACUUCCACAAAUGUCGGACGUGUUGCAUAGUGUAGUGAUUACUACGUUUUCUGCCCGUUCAUGCUUCGUAAGAUCGUAACGAAGGUUUCCGUCCGUAUGCAGAAACGUACGGCCCAGUCGUGCUCAAUUUCUCCAUCUGCAUAGCUAGCUUCGUUAACGCAGCUGUCUUUGGUUUGUACAGUACAGGACAUACUUGCUUGGGCCACCUGAAGAGCAGCGCUUAGCUCACGUGCGGUCCGCUUUUGCAGCGGUCGCCGGAGUCGUAACAAUUGCCGCUUAAGACUCGCUUACUGUUUAUGAACUCAACCAGUGAACCGCGCUUAUUAUUUAGUUAAACUUGGACAGGGGCCCACGUCAACAGCACAGAGCCAAUAACUUGUAAAGAUGAUCAGGAUAAAGCAGUCUGGUUGUUACCAUGGCUUGCAACAGCGGAAAGUUGCGUUGCGCCCAACGCGAAGCAGUAGGCUAGUCUGCCAAGGGAUGCUUCCCAUGGGGGUUCCAAUAAGCGUUCUCACCGAUAGCUACAAGGCAACGCACUUUUUGCAAUACCCCAAGGCGCAAAAGAUGGUAGCGUAUGGGGAGUUCCGCCAGGGCUUCAAUAAAGACAAGGUUGACACGCGUAUGGUGUCAUACGGCAUGCGCUACCUGGUAGAGAACUAUAUUGCAAGGCCCUGGACCAUGGAAGAUGUGGAAAUGGCCGAGGCUUUUUACAGGACGCACAUGUCCCCCAACUACACCUCUUUUCCCUUCCCGCGGGACCUUUUUGAAAAGUUUAUCCGGGAGAAUGACGGCUACUUCCCGGUCACGUUGGAGGCCCUGCCGGAGGGCACCUGCAUCCAUGCGCGCGUGCCGGUGUACCAGGUGGGGUGGGGGGAGGAGGAGGAGC